AUGAUCCAGAGAAGGUUUAGUCUUCAAGUGGCGGUCGAAUGUCUUAAUGAUGCCUGUUUAUUUUAUUCUUGGUUGUUCCGUUGUCUUCAAUCAACAAAGGGUUGUGCUGUGGUAGAGUUUCGGACUGAGGAGCUGAUGAAGAAAGCAGUGGAGAAAGUCAACAAGCACAACCUAAACGGCCGUCCCCUGAAAGUGAAAGAGGACCCUGAUGGUGUGAUUGCUCAAAGGGAAAUCAACAAGGCACAAGGGGGUGGAGGACCUCAUGGUGGCAUGGGAGGAAUGGGUGGAAUGGAUCGCAUGAACAUGGAUAGAAUGGGCCCUGGACCAAUCAAUAUCCCUCCCAGCCUGAUGAACAACCCCAAUAUUCCCAUGGAGAUCAUCCAUGGCCUGCAAGCGGGAAGGAUUGGCAACACAGUCUUUGUUGCAAAUCUUGAUUACAAAGUGGGUUGGAAGAAGCUGAAGGAGGUGUUUGGUAUGGCCGGCGCAGUGAUGAGGGCUGACAUCCUUGAGGACAAGGAUGGGAAGAGCAGAGGGAUGGGCACUGUAACAUUUGACCUGCCCAUUGAAGCAGUCCAAGCUGUCUCCAUGUUUAAUGGACAGCUGUUGUUCAACCGAAUCAUGCAUGUAAAACUGGAUGAGAAGUCCAUGCCUAAAGAUUUUGGACCCCCCGACAGAGGUGCAUCUCUUCCACGUGGCCUGAGUGGUGUUGGUUUGGGUUUAGGUCCUGGUGGUCAGCCAAUUGAUGCUGCCCAGCUCAAUCGGGGUGGUGGUGGAAUGGGCAACAUGGGCAUUGGAGGAAUGGACGGAAUGGGCUUUGGCAACAUGGGAAACCGCAUGGGAGAUUUAGGAAUGGACAACUUUGGAGGAAUGAACAACAUGGAUCGCUUUGGCUCUUCUGGGAUGGGCAGAAUUAAUGAUAUGGAUCGGGGCAUUGGUGGUGGGUUUGACCGGGAGUUUGGUCGAAAUGAUAUGGGCAUGUCUCGCAAUAAUUUUGGAGAUUCAUUUGAUAGAGGAAAUUCCAUGGGUAUGGACCGCAUGAAUUCUGGAAUGGACCGCCUCGGAUCAAGCAUGGAUCGCAUUGGAGGGAUGGAUAGGAUGAGCCUUGACAGAAUGGACCGUGUGUCUGACCUGGACAGGAUGGGCUCGGGCUUUGACCGACUGGGUUCCGGGAUGGACCGGAUGGGGCCUAGUAUGGACAGGCUCGGAGGUGGCCUAGACCGUAUGAACUCUAGUAUGGAUCGUAUUGGCCCAACUGGGUUUGACCGCAUGGGCCCUUCAAAUUUAGAUCGCAUGGGCUCUGCUAUGGAGUUUGGCUCCCCAAUGGGUGUUGAUCGCAUGGCUAAUACUGGGCUUGACAGAAUGUCCAGCAACUUUGACCGCAUGGGCUCUAAUGUAGGUCUAGACCGUUUUCCAUCUGGUGGCCUCGAUCGUAUGAGCUCUGGAAUGGACCGGAUGGGAUCUGGUGGCGUUGGUGGUCAAUUUGAUCGUUCUUCUGACAUGGAUCGUGGGUUCGGCGGGAAUUCCUUUGGGGGGACAGGAGGCCCUGGAAGUGGAGGAAAUGUCAGGAAGGGUUGCCAGAUCUUUGUCCGAAAUCUCCCAUUUGACUUCACCUGGAAGAUGCUUAAGGAUACCUUCAACACAUGUGGCAUGGUCCAGUAUGCUGAUAUCAAGAUGGAGAAUGGCAAGUCCAAGGGCUGUGGUGUGGUUCGCUUUGACAACCCGGAGACUGCUGACCGUGCCUGUCGUACCAUGAAUGGCUAUCGUCUGAAUGGAAGAGAAAUCGACGUUAGGAUUGAUAGGAAUGCAUAAUUUUUUUUUGUUAGCCUUUGUCAUUUAGUUGCAGACAUUCAUUACACGUGGUCUAAAAUUGCCAUACAGUCUCUUCAUAUUCACUUGGUUUGGUAUUUGUCACUGUAAAAUUGUUUUAGUAAAAUGCUUUUAGUUUGGAAAAGCUCUUUUUAGUUUGUAAAUGUUAUCUUAAGAGACCUUGGAUUCUGUCAUGAUUCAUCUGGCCAUUUUGUUCUGCAAGGUGUUUUGAUAAUAAACUUCAACAAUUCA